CCUGUAACUUAAGAACUCAGCAUUCAAAAGUUCGUAAAAAAAAAAACAAAAAAAAAAUGGAGGACUGCAACCAAAAGUACAGUUGCAGAACAGCAAAAGAAACCCUAGAAUGGAUAAACGCAAUCCUCAAUUUCAUUAAACCCUACGCUUUCUUAACCAACGCACAUGUUACCAAUUUCUUCACCCACAAGUUAUGGCAAUCCAUUGAUCCUGUCUGGCUCCAUUGCUUGCGUAACGAACCUGUCCAAAAUCUCCUCCUAAUUCCUUGUGGUAUAAUCCAGGAGCAUUGGCCUGCUUCGCUGAAGGAAUUUGUUUUAGAUUUGAAGUCUCUCGCGUUUCCUCGCGAGCAAGCGCAUUUAAACAAGCUAUUCCCGGGAGUGAAUGUGGUUUCGCUUAAUACUGUACUUGCACAAGGCAUGAAUUUCAAGAAAAAACAUGAAGUGGAAGUUCUUUCUGCGGUUGUUAGUUCUGUUGCGAAUAGUGUGGGAGCUCAAACAAUAGUUGAUGUUGGUGCUGGCCAGGGUUAUCUUGCCCAAGUUCUUUCCUUCCAGUACCAGCAUUCUGUAGUUGCUAUCGAUGCCUGUUCUCAUCAUGGAACUGUCACGGAGAAACGUGCAGAACGGAUCAAGAAGCAUUAUGCAGCUCAAAUGCGAAAACAUUAUCCAGGAAUUGGGAUUCCAAAUGUGCCGAAGACAAUUACAUGCCAUGUCAUGUCCAUUGACAUGUUGAAAGCAUUGACUAGCAUGUCACCACAUAUUGAUAAUGUUAAGCGGCCAGAAUUGAUUGGGCAAGUUGCAGAUGAUAAGACUUCAUUGGUACUUGCUGGGUUACAUGCAUGUGGCGAUCUUUCAGUAACUAUGCUGAAGACCUUUUUAGAGUGCAAAGAUGUUAAAGCAGUUGUUAGCAUUGGAUGCUGUUAUAACCUGCUUUCUGAAGGAUGUCUUGACAUAGCUGGUUCACAAUGUGGUUUUCCUGUGAGUUGUGGUGUUAAAUCUGCUGGUAUAUCACUUGGGAAAAGUUCACGUGAUCUUGCUUGUCAGAGUGCAGAGAGAUGGAGGAGUCUCGAACAAGAUGCAGGUCUUCAUAAUUUUGAGUUGCAUGCUUUCCGUGCUGCUUUUCAGAUGGUUCUUUGUAAAUAUUAUCCUGAAAUCAUAAAAUCAAGUCCCUCAAUUGGCCGUCAAGGGAAGGCGCUGCGACGCCAACAGCAAAGGAGGAUCCUGCAGUCUUCAAUUAAUUGUGAUGAAAGUAAACAUUCAUCAAUGCCUGAGACAAUUUCUCAUAUGCAAGAACUCUACCUAAAUCCACACAUGUCAGAAUCUAAAACAGAUGACUAUUCAGGCUCAGCACUGCAUUCUCAUGAAUUAUCCUGCAAUGGAGGUGCCAGAUACAAUGAAACUGCAGCUGCAAGCAAAUAUUUGCUAUUCGAGAAAUUUACUCAGUCUGGAUUAUCUCGCCUAGGUCUCAAAUCUUUGCAGGAGACACAUUUCCAUGAAAUAUGGAAGGAAGCUGAGCCAUUUGCUGGGCUUAUAGGACCAUAUUGGUCGCUGCGAGCUGCUUUAGGACCUCUUUUGGAAACUCUUCUUCUGCUUGAUAGAUUAUUGUUCCUCCAAGAGCAAGGCAGUUCUCUGGAAGCAAUCAUGUUACCUAUCUUUGAUCCUGCAUUAUCCCCAAGGAAUGUGGCCAUAAUUGCCAAAAGAAUUUGAUACAAAUUUUCAGCUCAAGCAGAGAAAUGAUUCUGCGUAGGAAUGGGUGGUGGGGUGCGCGCGCGCGCCUGCCUGUGAUGAUUUGUCGACUAGCUGAAACGCCGUGGUUGUCACAUCAGAUAUCCUUGCUUAAAGAAGCAUCAAAUGGAGCCUCCCACUCGUGCCGGGACACGUGUGUUCACAUGCUGUGGGUUGAAUGGUUUUUGUCAUUUUAGACACCUGGUUUGUUCUUGUUCAUUUCCAUUAUUGGGUGGUUAGCAGUGACUGCAGUCGACAUGUUGAAUUUCAAAGGUAAUAUUACUGUCACUGAAUAUAAUCAAACGUUGGGAUACAGCACCUAGCAGUCCUCCUUUUGUUCCUUCUCACUGUUGUUGUCAGCAUCAAAACUAGUGAAAGGUGCCGUUACUGGUUAAGUGGCUUGAAUUUUGACCUUUGCCGCA